AUGCCGGAAGCAGCAGCAACAACAACAGCAGCAGCAACAACAGCUGCUGCAGCAGCUGCAGCAGCAGCUACGGCAAGAGCUGCUGCAUGGGGUAUCUACUUCUUCAUCGGGAGACCCUUCAGUCUUACAUGCGUCUUCGCUGCUAUAGCAUUCAGUGCUUUUACCCCUGCCGACGCGCUGCAGCUGAAACAUCAGCAGCCAGCAGCAAGUGCUACUCUCCCUGCGGCCUGGGUCUCACAAGGCUAUGGCCGUCUCAUGGGGAUCUCAACGCGGGCCUCCUUGGCAGACAACAGAGGAGAUGCCCUUUCCUUACUCAGACGCCGGCCUGCCGCAGUUGCAGCAGCCGGGACUGCUGCAAAUGCGGCCUUAAUGACUGCGGCGGAAGCGGCUGAUACUGCAGCCAUCGCCGCAGCAAAAGCAGCGACAGCAGCCAAAACAACCACGUCGUCUUUGUUCCCCUAUGGGUUGCCCCCUGCUCUUUCCCCCCAGUCAGCAGCAAGCCCCAAAACUGCAGCGGCACUGGACGAGGCAAAGGAGGUCAUAGAAAGGGAGAUGUGGCGCCUGUACUAUACACAGCAGCAACAACCGCAGCAGAAGCAGCAAAAGCUGCUCUCUGCACAGCAGGUGGAACAGCUCAUUGGAUUUUCGAGGGACUUCUGCAACUCUGCGAAAAUCUCCGGCAAAGCGAAUGCUGUAGAAUGCGUCGUUAAGCUGCUAAGCGUGCUACAGCAAUGCAUGCGGUGUUCAUCGUAUGUAUUUUCAGCGUUCAGCGCGGCGCAGAAAAGCCCCAUGGACUUUACUGAGUGGUCAUUGUCCAUUUGGGAGCCUCUUAUAGAUCUGGAAAACAGCAAGCUGCAUGUCUCUGAAGAGACUCUGCUUAGGUUAUCUCGGCACCUGAGGUCUGGGGGCAACGCCGUCCUACUCUCAAAUCACCAGACUGAGCCGGACCCUCUCUUAGCGCGGCUUCUAUUCCGCAAAAGAGGAUUUAAUGAUCUUUAUGAGGCGCUUACUGCCGUAGCUGGCUACAGGGUACGCUCGGACUUACUGUCAGUGCCGUUUUCAAUGAGCUGCGACAUGAUUUGUGUGCACUCAAAGAAACACCUGUCCUCUGGUGCCGACGGGCUGGAGCAGCAGCGGCGAGAGAACGUGCAGGCCAUGCAGGCGUUGCAACACCUGCUGGAGAAAGGAGGCAGUCUGAUAUGGGUAGCCCCCAGCGGGGGUCGUGAUAGGGCCAAUCAGCAAGGGGUGUACGCACAACCGGACCCUUUCGAUGCAAAAACCGUCCAGACCUUUUCUCUCUUUGCAAAGCGCGCCCGAGAUUCCUCAGGCCACAAGACCCUCUUCUUCCCUAUGGCCGUCUAUACAGCGCCUAUCUGCCCUCCUCCUAAAGAGGUUGCAAAGGAGCUGGGGGAGACGCGGAGUUGCAACUAUUCCCCCAUAGGGCUGGCCAUAGGGGAGCCCUUGGAGGCCGACUUGUCUUCAAGCCUACUGACUGCCAAGGCGGAAGAACAGACAAGAGCCCUUUACUCCGCAGUGUCAUCUUUCCCUUCCUGA